AUGCCAUUCCCCCAAGUCCAACGCCUUACGGCAUUUUAUACUGUUCUCAAUGGCAGAAACAUAUUUUCCAACAAAGUCAUUAGGUCCUUUCAUAGCUCUCGUCCUCUAUGCGAAGAUGACGUCGGCCAAAAUCACUACGAGACUUUGAAAGUUGGCGAGAAUGCCUCCGCCGCUGAAAUUAAGAAGUGCGACUGCCCCAUGCUGCAGCAUUUUCGGAACAGGUCUUUCUACACGCUCUCCAAAACCCACCACCCGGACCACAACCGUUCGGACCCAGAGGCUCCAGCCCGCUUCAUGCGCAUCUCGGACGCCUACUCUGUCCUGUCAUCGCCUGACAAGCGCGCCGCCUACGACCGCGACGUGAUGCGCACACGCCACCACCAUCACCACGCCGCCGCCGCAACCAGGGGAUCCUACAGCUCCACCGGCCCAGCAGGCGGCCGCGCCGCAUCCGGUCUGAGCCGCCGCCGGAGCACAUACACGGGCCCGCCGCCGUCCUUCUAUCGCAACGGUGGAUGGGGAGCGCACGGCGCCAAGAGGGCCGCGGCGCACGAGGCUAGCAGCGGUGGGGCCGACGGUGCGCGCGCCGAGCAGAAACCGCCGCCCGGGGACGGUACCUGGGGGGCCGGGAUGGGAUACGGCCAGGGUCAGCGGGCGGAGGAGGUGCCGCAUUUUGAUCACGAGAGCCACGAACGUACCCACCGCCGUAUGGACCGUCGCAAGGCGUCUUCGAUGGAGUUUGAGCCGUCCAUCGGAUCCCAUGAUAGUUUCAUGGGUGGGUUCAUUGUCGUGUCGGCCGUUUUGGCCGUGGCACUGGCUGUGCCAGCGCUCUUCUUUUCGCUGAAGAGAGACCGGUCCGACAGGAGUGAGGCUAUCCGCCAGCGUAGGGUUUGA